UGGUGAACAAAAGUGAUUCACCGUUUUUGAACCUUUGUUAGUUCAUAUUCUUUAUAACAUAUCUGAAACUUGGAAUUCUACCACUCAUUAUUUUUACUUCAACUGGGUUCUUUUGAGCUUUAAAAAGGCGCAGAGCAAGUAAAUUUAGCCGCCGGACCCCCAGUUGAAUGGCCAGCAAGCCAAGGACACUUCUUCACUGAGAGUUCCUACUGGUACUGCUGCCUGUCCGUCCACUCGAUCCAUUGCAUAGACUUCAGUGGUUUGGAUGGUAUAAAGAAACGACGCUUUCUCCUGGAGCCUACUUUCACAUGAUUGUCAAAAAUUGCAACAUUUCAUGACAUCACUUUCUACUGUUAUUAUAUUAUGCCAAAAUGAAUUCAAAUAAUUAUUGGAAACAAUGGGAUCCACUGAAUGGACACUGUUUAUGUGUUGUCUUGGUGCCUGUAUCUGCAUCUCACAGUCAUCAACCUGCAGUCAUGCGCAGUGUGUUUACGACUACGUCACUGCAAGGGCUGACUGCUCCUCACUCAAUCUUGACUGCAUCCCUGUCAACUACCCAGAUGCCCUCAUCAUGGAUCUAAGCCACAAUAACAUAUCAGAGCUGUCACCAGACGAUUUCAAUGGCACAUUCUCCAGGCUGGCUGAAUUGUACCUCGACCACAACAACAUAUCUGAUCUGACGUCACUGCUGGAAUCCAAUGAGCUAGAGAGCCUGCAAAUAUUGUCAGUUAAGCACAAUGUAAUUUCUUACUUGGAUAGUUACAAUGCUUGUCGGCUGAGCUCUCUCACUGAGCUAUCAGUAGACUAUAACUCCAUUACAUACAUGUACAUAUCUACUCGUUCAAGCUUCAGGAAGGUACAGCGGUUCUCGGCCGAUUUUAAUUUAAUCAGAAAUGCAAACGUAUACUUGUAUAAACUGUCAAACAUUGUCAUAAGCCUGCAAUACAAUCGACUGACUGAAGUGAAUGGCCACUCUAGUUAUGGUAAAAAUGCUUCUCUUCUUUUAGAUCACAAUGAAAUACGACAUUUACAUUUUUCUACCGAUAAUAACCACAUGGAUACAAUUUCACUUAAUCACAACCAACUACUGUCGGUAGACCUGAACAUUGGAGCAACAGAUACAUUCAACAUAGGCAGUAACGGAUUAGCAAACUGGGAUGGAAUCUACAUAGGAGACUACUACGCGAUGAAGAGACUGGACAUGAGCAACAACUCAUUCGAUUCUUUGAUUCAGCCACCCUGGGCCGAAGCUCUAGAGCUCUUAAACGCCGACACCAACCUGCUGGCAAACCUGUCCUCGACAACCCUGUCAGGAUUUGUCGAUCUGACUGAACUGCAUGUAGCCAAUAAUCGUCUCUUGUUCAUCUCACCCACUGCACUGAGUCAACUCUCCAUGCUUCAGUCACUGUAUCUCGACGACAAUGACCUGACGUCUUUGUUUGGAGGAGUAUUUUCCAACCAGUCUUACUUAAUUGAGCUCUCUAUCACCACCAACCGACUCACCAUGUUACAUCCUGAUUACUUCUUGGGUCUGGUGUCGUUGGAGCGUCUGUACCUCGCAGGGAAUCAACUCACUAGCGUCAACGCACAGAUGUUUCAAAUGGUGCCGGAAAUUCUUACCUUGGACUUAUCCCAAAAUGAGCUUCAGCUUGUUGACCUGCAUGACUGUGCCCUUCAUCUUACAAACCUACAACAUCUCUCACUGGCUCACAAUAAGAUUCACGACACAAACACUAUCUUGGGUUUCUAUGACAACUUGCAAAUACUGGAUAUGAGUUAUAACUUGAUCCAAGUCGUGCCCGGUGAUUCUCUAUCUGGGAGGAAUAGAGCAGUAUCCCAACUCGAGCUAGAAGGCAAUCCCCUGCAGUGUGACUGUAGACUCACAGGUCUACGAGACUGGCUGCGUACCAAUCAACCGCACGUUGAGCCUCGAUGUGAAGGACCGAAUCAUAACUACGGGUCGGUGAUUUCAGACUUGGAGAUUUAUGAUCUCUCAUGUCAACCACCGAUGGCGAUGGUGGACAUCAAUCAGCUGACAGCCCUGGAUGGACAAUCUGUGACUCUCAAAUGUACCGCUACUGGCAUUCCUGCUCCGACCGUAACAUGGCUCUCACCAAACGACACAGAGAUAGCUCAUGACUGGCAGGGAAGAUUCACCAUUCUGCAAGGAAAAAUUCUGCAUAUCAUACCUGUUGAGAAACAUGACCAAGGGAGGUAUACAUGUCUUGUCCAAAACAUAUUGGGUGAAAAGAGUAGAGCUGUUGUCAACCUUACAGUGACUAAUAGCACUAAAUCCGACUCCCCACAGCCACAGCCACAACCAAACUCACUGGAUGAUUUUUGCGUUCUCCUCACAAUAAUUAACAUAAUAAUGGUUGCUGUUUACUUCGUGUCUCCGUCGGUAUCGCAAUAAACCCACCGCCGGGCAGCCAACUCCACAUCCGCAACUCAAACCUACCAUCUGAAAGUUAUAAAAAAUAAAAUCCGUGAGAAAGUUGGAAGUUUUCGAGAACGAAGUAAUUUUCCACGAAUUUGAUUUCG